AUAUUGCAUGGGAAAAUAAAGCGAUUUAAUUUUAGAAAAAUAGCGUCUCAUCAGUCGUCAUCGAUUUGUUUAUAAUACAGAUAAUUUCGUUUCCAUGACAACUUACUUAGAUCUGUCUUCCGGUUUACACGGAUGAUAACUGAUGAGAAGAUACACCAGUGCAUUCUUUAUAGUUAGUUCCUAGCAAGAUCCAAUCUGGAAAGUCCAAAUCCGGAGUUAGAGAGACUACAAGGCGACGUCAUGGAGCAACAGAAGGAAAGUGGAGGCGACAAUGGAGCAUGUGGAUAUGUACUGUACGCCCUGUCAAUCAUCUUAGUAGCGUUGUUCUUUCCAUUUUCGUUAUGUUUUACGAUAAAGAUUGUCCAGGAGUAUGAACGAGCUGUAAUAUUUAGACUUGGGCGAGUAGUAUCUGGUGGGGCAAAAGGGCCAGGAAUGUUCUUCGUUUACCCCUGCCUUGACGAGUUUAAGAAAGUAGAUUUACGUACAACAGCAUUUGAUGUUCCCCCACAGGAGAUUUUGACAAAGGAUUCUGUGACCGUAGCUGUAGAUGCUGUGGUCUACAGUAGAAUAUUCGACCCGACUAUGUCUGUUUGUAAUGUAGAGAAUGCACAGUAUUCUACGAAGUUGUUAGCAGCUACGACCUUGAGGAACGUCCUUGGUACAAAAAACAUGUCAGAGUUGUUAUCAGAAAGAGAAACAAUUUCAGAACAAAUGCAGACCAUUUUAGAUGUGUCAACUGACCCAUGGGGUAUCAAAGUAGAAAGAGUUGAAAUUAAAGAUGUCCGUCUUCCACAACAGUUACAAAGAGCAAUGGCGGCAGAAGCAGAGGCGUCAAGAGAAGCACGAGCUAAGGUGCUAGCUGCAGAAGGUGAGCAGAAGGCGUCACGUGCUUUAAAGGAAGCAGCCGACAUUAUGAUGCAAUCUCCCGCGGCAAUACAACUGAGAUACCUACAGACACUGAAUUCCAUAGCCGCUGAGAAAAAUUCUACCAUUAUAUUCCCACUGCCAAUUGAUCUUCUUUCAUCAAUGGUGAAAAAGUAACAAAACAAAUCACAAAAUCUCGUGGGAUUUGUUUAUUGGACCUGGUGUAUCCUAUAACGUACUGCUGUUAUCAUUGUUCUAUUUAUUUUACUAUCAGGAUUGACAUUUGGAAAACGUUGAAAUUUUUUUGACAAAACAACAAAUUAGUUUUCAUAAAUUUUGUUUUCAUAUUUAUGUUUCUUUUUGGCAAUGUAUUUUGGGCCAUGAUUUAUUAUGAUGGUAUUGGUCUAUGUUCAGCCUUAAAUAAACAAAAACCACACAAAUAUUUGUUAGAUAUAUACUAUUGUGUGUUGAAAUUAAAAACAUGUAGAAAAUCAAAUACCGAAAAAAAAAUAGACCCAUGCAUUGACCACUCAUAUUUUUAUCCCAACCUCAUAAUAAAGAACGAUUUUUUGCAAUGAGUGUAUGUAUCUGAUGUUCACCAUUGUUGACUGUGUUGUAUUUGUACAAAUAUAUGAUGUAAUAUUGAGCCGUUAUUGUGCUUACUCAUUUUUGAAAAUAUACUCGACAGUCUCUUCUACCUCAUACUUAUUUUUGUAUUCACUUCUCGGGGUCGACAAAGAUAAUUUUGCACAAUACGCCGGUUCCAAAUGAACCUAGAAUAAUUUCCUUGGUAGAUAUGGUUGAUAUCAAUUAUUUUGAUUAAACAUUGAAACUUAAACAGUAACUGAAUCUACGGUGUUGUUAAAAAUGUUUAAUUAGUGUGAUUGAUAUUUUGAGAGCCUAUAUUCUAAAUCAAUUAAAAAAUAAAACUAAUCGAUUGGCCAAGAAAUAAAUGUAAAAUAAUGAUUUGCCUUAUUUUAACUAAAUAUUCCAAUAGUUUUGUGUUUUAUCUCUUAAAUACUCAGUUGUACUUAGAACUAGUUAAAUAUAAUGUUGAUUGAAAUUUUAUUUUGUAUAUUUCAAUGAAAAUGAUAUGUUGCGCAUACAGUUGUUUAAUGGUGUCAUAUAAAUGUAUUUUAUGGAUGUCAUAGUCAUAGUCUUAUGUUCAGAAGGCUCAGUGAAGAAAUCUAAAUCGAAUCCCAACAAAAACUAAUGAAUUAUACAAAUCAAAAUUUAUUUGGCAAAAUUUUUUGGAAUUUUGGCUCCUCAAAGCUCUUCAACAUUGUACUUGUUUAGCUGUAUAACCAUUUUGAUCUGAGCGUCACUGAUGAGUCUUAUUUAGACGAUACGCGUCUGCCGUAUUAAAUUAUAAUCCUGGUACCUUUGAUAACUUUUUUUUUUAAACCUAAUUAUAUAAUAGGAACAGUUGCUGGAAGAUAGGUGCUCCUUGUACAGUUUCUUAGAUCUGUAAAUUAAUCUUCGUUCUCUUAUGCUUUAUGUUUCCGACGUUUUGGGAAAAAAACCACCAUAAAACUUAAUAAUAGUGUAAUACCCUUUGUCUUCAUAUAUUUUAGUCUUUGUUUCAGCUGUUAUAGUUAUUUUUUUUAUUUUUUUUUAUUUCUUUCCAUCUCAAUCAGUAUUUUAGAAUUAUGUGUGGUCUUCCAUGAUUUGAAAACUAUUGCUUCAAUCUGAAAUCUAACAAUAGUCUGAAUAGAUUUUAUUUAAGAAAACAUCAUCACAAGAUUUUGUAUUUUGAAUUGCUGAUAUAAUAUUUGAUAAUAAAAACAAACAUACUCUGAA